GUGCUAACUUCGUUCUGGGACUUUUACGCGACCAUGCAAGACAUUCGAGCACUCAGUCAAUCUAAUGAAUGGGAACAACUGAAUGGCGUCACAGAUUUUUCUACUCGGAAUGUUUCCAUGAAAGGAUUAAGCUUGCUUCGACCAAUUAAGGAUCGAAACUGUAAGGAAGCCGGCAUUCCGGAUGAGUUAUGUAUGUGCCGUAAUGAAAUCGCUGUGGAUAUAAGGCAGCUUGGUAAUGAAAUUUUACGUCACCUGAACAACCUAUUGGCUUCAUCCAGUCAGUGCGCCAAGCUAACUUUGGCGAGGAUCCUACACGCUACCGUAAUCGAGGACGAUGACGAUGCACGACGCUCAAAGGCACAAUACCGCGUGACUGUUGAGGCAAAGCCGUCAGGUGCUCUACUCGAGGCGUUACUUAAGUAUGAUCGUGCCCACAAUACCUCCACUGUUUAUCGUAAUGUGAAUCGGGUUAACGCAUACGGUAAUCAAUCAUCAUGUGUAUAUGACCAAGAACUGCGUAAAUUCUGUUACUGUAUAUCUGAUUAG